AAAUCAGUUGCACAUCGCUGGCCCUGCGGGUCUGGGCCAGCCUGCUGCUAUGGCACUGGUUUCAUUGGGCAUCGCUUUGGAACAGCAGCAUCCCAUAGGCGGUGCAGGGUGUGCAAGCACGGUGUGCAAGGAAGAGGAAGAGCCGACGUGAGAGGGGCGCGGGAGAGGCGAUCACACAGCCAUGGCAGGGCAGACCACAGGGUGAAGGUGUGUAUUGUAUCGGCCGCGGUCAGCGUUUUCCUGGAAGUAAUAAUAAUUAGUCCACGGCCGCGAGUCGCAUAUCCAAACAGGCCUCGGACUUGCGUCUAAGUUGCUGGCUGAAGAAGGCAUCGCCCGCCGUCUGGCGGAACUGACGCGAGGAGCUGCUGCAGAUGUUCUAAGAGAAGAUGGCUGCCUCCCACAAGCGACAGCGCCGCGCUCUCCGCGACGCGUUUCCUCGGAAGCUGAACCUCGACCUGACGGCAGAAAUUGAGUCCCUGAAAGCAGCUGUGGAGGCUCUCCAGCGCACGUUCGCAGAGAGAGAGGCAGACCGGCGGUCGGUUCUGCUGGGCCAGCUCGCGUACACAGUGGACGCCAUCGCCACCUCCUACGUGUUCGGUGCUGGUAGCAGACCCAUUAACUUGAGCUACAUCCAAGACGCUGCGGAGGACGACGCCGCAGUCGCGGAGCGGUGGCAGCAGGUCGCCACAUUCGCGGAGCAGCAGGGCGUAUCCAUCACGCGGCUCAUCCAGCGCAGCAGCGCGUUGCGGUCACGAUUCCUCAGCGUGGCGCACGGCUCCCCGGACGAGCUGGACAGCACCACGCCGGACCAGCUGCGUGAGUGGGGCACCGCGUCCUAUGCCAGCGCGACGGAGACGCUGCUGCGGUUCCUGGAGCCCCUGACUUUGGACGGCAAGCCGCUGCGGCCGCGGCAGGACGUUGCGACCAUCUUCGCGGCGGUGCUGUGAGACCGCUCCUGGUCGCUGUGGCGUGUCGUCAGGCCCCGACAGCGCAUCUAGCUUACGUGCGCGGUGGAUGUAGACGGUCCAGACCGCUCCUGGCGCCGGUGAUUUUAGACCGUUUGUUCGUGGUGGUGUUGAGGAACACCGGUUUUUGCAGUUGUAGCUGUUGUCGUCGUGGUGAAUCAGGGCUUGUCAGUGGACAGGUAGCAGCUCUUGCCGUCCGUGUGGCCGUAGUAGGUCCCCU